CAGCACCCAAGGGUCAAGCCCCCACAGCCCUCCGGUCUUCAGGGGCCAGACUUCAAAGACGUCAUGGCCACAAGGUCAUCUGACUGGCACCAGCAGCCCUCUGGAGUGGACGACUCCCCAGCUCACCACCUGGACACACGGCCGUCUGGGGACUCUGAGCCCCAGUUUUGGCAGGAUGUUCUGACGCAGCAACUCUGGCAGAUGUUUGCCGGGACCCACGAUAAGGUGGACCCAUCGAGACACAAGCGUUUCCCAGAAGGGAGCAUAGGGCCAGGCAUGGCACCAGGGGUGAUGCUGUCCCGUGUGGCCCAGGAGCCUGCUAGGAGAACCUAUCGCUUUCUGAAGCCCAUAUGCUGGGACCCUGAGGACUUCGAAGUCACAUGGAAGAGGCCAGAUGCCUUGCCCUGGCAACCCAAGAAGCUGGCCAUCCCACACAGGAUGAGGCUGAUGCGGACGCUGAAGCAUGGGGAGUCCGUGCUGGCCACCGCGGUGAGCAGCUUCACGCGGCACGUGUUCACCUGCAGCAGGGGUGGCGUCAAGGUGUGGAGCCUGGUCGGCCAGAUGGUGGAGGACAGAUUCCCCGUCAGCCACCUGCGUGUCCAGACCCCGGGGGCCUACCUGCGCACCUGCCUGCUGUUCUCCAACAGCACGACACUGCUGACGGGCGGCCACAACCUGGCCAGCGUGAGCGUUUGGGACCUGAUGGCGCCCUCCCUGCACAUACGAGAUGAGCUACCCGCUGCAGGUCUCACUUGUCAGGCCCUGGCUGCCAACCUGGAGGACAGCCUGGCCUUUGCCAGCUUCACCGAAGGCACCAUCAGGAUCUGGGACUUGCGGGACCACAGUGUGGUCAGGGACCUGCCGGGCCCUCUGAAUGGAGCCAAGAGCAUUGUUGUCAAAGACAGUAACAUCUGGACCGGGGGCCUUGAUGCCUGCCUGCGGUGCUGGGACCUGAGGACCAAGGAGCCCCGGGAAUACCAAUUUGAGUCUCAGAUAAUAAGCCUGUCCCCCAGCCCCCGGGAGGACUGGGUUCUGGUGGGCACAGCCAAUGGCCAGCAGUGGCUGCAGUCCACCCUCGGGGGCCAGAAGCACAUGGUGGGCUGUAAGAACAGCACCAUCCUCGGUCUCAAGUUCUCCCCUCUCGGCCAGUGGUGGGUGAGCGUGGGGAUGGACAACCUGGUCAGCAUCUACAGCAUGCCCACAGGAACCUUGCAGUUCCAGGCUCCCGAGAGAACUUCCGUCAUGUGCUGUGAUGUUUCCUCUAACAACCGCCUGAUCGCCACGGGGUCCAGGGACCAUGCUUCGGUGUACCAGAUCAUGUACUAAGGGGCUCACUACUGCCAU